AUGUCAUUGGUAUCUGCUUUAUCUGAAAGAAUCAAAGUUGACAAUAACAAUACUACCAGUCGGUCUGUUUCAGUUAAUAGUCGAGCUGACUCUCGUAACAGUAGAGUUCCUAGUGUCUAUCAAAACGCUGGAGAACCUUUGUCUAAAGAGGCUCUAUUUAGAGCCAGAAUGAAAUAUGGAUACUACCAGUCGCCAACAACUAAUUCCACAUUAGGUGUCUCUGAUCCUAGACUGUCUGUCGACGUUGCUGCAUCCUUGGCUGAUCUAACACAUGUUAACAUGCCCACGUAUUUGAGGGAAAUAGACGAAAAUGCCCAUAAGGCUGCCAGAAGCAUUGGGAAGAGAAGCCUUCAUAGACAACAGUCGUUUAGUUCCCGUGCUUCCAGUAUCUCAUCCAAUAUUGAAGGUGCCUCAGCUGCUUCAAAGGCAUACUCCAUGUCUUAUAUGGAAAUCCCAACAAAGAUAAAUACUGUGAAAAGAACAUAUUCUAUCUCUUCUGCUGCGUCUGCAUCUGCGUCUGUUUUACGUAAUACCGUAUCCAACACAUCAAAUAUACACAAUCAAGUUCAAGGACAACAGAGAAAAUGCCAAUCUUUGACUACACCAAGACCAAAUUUAUCUAAAUUGCUCAAUAGCGCUGAAAGAAAGGCUGAUGCAGCCAUUAAGCACCGUUGGGACCCACAAAGAAAGAAUUUCCAAUACGGAAUACGCAAAAACGAAUCUAAUGGUCCCGAAGACCGUAAACAAUUUGAAAUUGAUAACAGAGUCAUGCAAAGAGUGAUCCUUAAGACACAGAACUCUAAACAGAGUUUAGUUAAUAAACAGAAACAAGAGGAAAGUGAAUUGAAGCAAUUACAAAGGGUUAGAGUGGCAAAGCAUGCUGCUGUGAAAGUUAAGGACACAAAUUUCACAGAGUCUAUCGAUAAAGAUAUCGAGGCCAAGAGACAAGAAAGAGAGACUUACUUGAAAAACUUGACAUCCACACAAGUACUUUCCUUGGCCCGUGCAAAAGUAGAUCAACAAUUGCAAUUGAUUGAAGCAGCACACGCAGAAGAUAGAAUCUUUCAAAACGAUGCAUUCAAUAAAGCAGCUAUGAAAUAUGCUCAGAGCCGUGCUGAUAGUCGUUCCACAGAACGUGAUUAUUAUGCAAAUAGGAUCAAUUUAGGUGGUGGUCUGUGGUUAUCCCCAGAAAACAUUAAUGAGAUUUCACAGAAUCUGUUGAAUCCAAUACUUGGUGAAAUUGAUAGUAAAGCUAAAAAUCAACGUGAUACUGAUGUAGAGAUUGCUAAUCGUACUAAGAAUUAUAAUAAUGAGAUGGCUAAAUUUAAAUCUUUACAAAAGGAAAAAGAAGAUAAUAAUACAAAGAUCUUACGAGAUACAGAGGAGAAUAACACUACUGAGUAUAAUAAGAUUGCAAAGCAAUUAGAAGAUGAUUACACAAAAUUAAAAUAUGAGCUUCAAGCACAAGUAGAUGAGAAGAGAAAGGAUUAUCAAGAAACUGUUCAACGCUUGGAGGAUUUAACAGAAGAAUGUGAAAUGAAAUUAAAGUUACAAAGAGAUCUGGCUGAUAAAGAGUUAGAUUCGUGGGAAAAGUAUAAGGAUAAUGAUAUAGUAGAAGCUGAAAAGGAACAAGCAGAAUUAUUGGCGCCUUACAAUCAACAGUUGGAAUCAGCUAAUGACGAUCAAAGGAAAUUGUCCACAGAAUAUGAUAGUAUAAUGGGUAAUAUGCGUAAAUUACAAACUUUCAUAAGUUCACAUAAGGGUAAGAUCAAAGAAUAUACAAGUUUAAUUGAAGUACAAGAAAAUCAUGGAGAUCGUGAGAAGGUUCUUCUAACUCAGUUGGCGGAACAGAAGGAAGAAGCUAAUCAUAUUUUAGAAGAUGAAGUCAUGGUUCGUGCUCAAAGAAUAAAAGAACAAUUAGAAUUAUCUAAUAAAGAAUAUGAAAUGAAGCAAUUAGAAAUCAGUGCAUUGAUAAAUGAACGUCAAGAUGAAUUGCAAAAGAUUGAUAUUGUAUUGCAAGAAGAAAGAUUGAAACUAUUAGAUGCCAUGCAAAAGGUGGCCAAGGCUCGUGGUGAUGAGAAGUUAGAUGAAAAUAAAAUCAGAGUUUUAUUUGGUAUGACUAGUGAUGAAUUCAUGGAGAUGCAUGGUUUAAAAGUGGGUGAAACAAAAGAAGAGGAUAGAGAGGAAAAUAAGGAGGAAGGUGAAACUGAUAAUAAGGACAACAAAGAAUUGAAGGAAGAGAAGAUAGAUGAGAAAGAAUCAAAGAUUUUGAAUGAUGCUGAUGAUAAGGUUUCAGAAGCUAAGUCAAAUAAAGAGAAACAAAUGAAGCAUGAUAACAAUGAAAAUGAUGAUGAUGAGAUUGACAAUAAUAAUAAUGAUGAUGAUGAUGAUACGCCUUCGUUUAGUGGAUUUUCACAAGGUUCAAUAACGAAUAAUGAUGAUGUAGAGGAAACAGCAGUCGGAUCUCCAAAUCAGAGUGAUGAAACUGGUUAUUUCAAGGAAGUUUUUUAA